UUACACACAGAUGAAUGUGAACAGUCAUCAUUUGCAGUCGAAGAAGCCUCCUAGAAGGUCCUCCGGCAGCUUCACUUCACGAAAUCCACAAUUUUCCCCCUCUCUCUGAACGGAAAACUUUGAGAAACUAUCAUCAACAUGCGUGAAUGUAUCUCUAUUCAUCUUGGUCAAGCCGGAUGCCAAAUCGGCAACGCCUGUUGGGAGCUUUAUUGCUUGGAACAUGGCAUCCAACCUGAUGGGCAAAUGCCUUCUGAUAAAACCCUCGGAGGUGGGGAUGACUCGUUCAAUACCUUCUUCUCCGAAACAGGGGCUGGCAAGCAUGUUCCCCGAGCUGUAUUCGUGGACUUGGAACCCACGGUGGUGGAUGAGGUGAGGACUGGAACCUACCGUCAAUUGUUCCACCCUGAGCAGCUCAUCACUGGCAAGGAGGAUGCCGCUAAUAAUUAUGCCCGUGGUCACUACACCAUCGGCAAGGAGAUUGUCGACCUGGUCUUAGAUCGGAUCCGCAAAUUGGCCGACCAAUGCACUGGCUUGCAGGGAUUCCUGAUCUUCCACUCCUUUGGCGGGGGCACUGGCUCAGGAUUCACGUCUCUCCUCAUGGAAAGGUUGUCGGUGGAUUAUGGGAAGAAGUCCAAACUGGAAUUCUCCAUCUACCCCGCCCCUCAGGUCGCCACAGCGGUGGUGGAACCUUACAACUCCAUCCUGACCACUCAUACCACUCUUGAACAUUCGGAUUGCGCCUUCAUGGUCGACAAUGAGGCUAUCUACGACAUUUGCCGGCGCAAUCUGGACAUUGAACGGCCUACCUACACGAAUUUGAACCGUUUGAUCGGGCAAAUCGUGUCCUCCAUCACGGCCUCACUCCGUUUUGAUGGUGCCUUAAACGUGGACUUGACCGAGUUCCAAACCAACUUGGUGCCCUACCCCCGGAUCCACUUCCCCUUGGUGACCUACGCCCCGGUCAUUUCUGCCGAGAAAGCUUACCAUGAACAGCUGUCGGUAGGGGAAAUCACCAAUGCCUGUUUUGAGCCUGCCAACCAGAUGGUCAAGUGUGACCCUCGCCAUGGUAAAUACAUGGCUUGCUGCAUGCUCUACCGGGGAGAUGUGGUGCCCAAAGACGUGAAUGCGGCCAUUGCCACCAUCAAGACCAAGCGAUCCAUCCAAUUCGUGGACUGGUGUCCGACCGGCUUCAAGGUUGGCAUCAACUACCAGCCUCCAACUGUGGUCCCAGGUGGCGAUUUGGCCAAGGUCCCUAGGGCCGUGUGUAUGUUGAGCAACACCACAGCCAUUGCUGAGGCCUGGGCCAGAUUGGACCAUAAGUUCGACUUGAUGUAUGCCAAACGAGCCUUUGUCCAUUGGUACGUAGGAGAGGGUAUGGAGGAGGGUGAGUUCUCUGAAGCUCGUGAGGAUUUGGCUGCUUUGGAGAAGGAUUAUGAGGAAGUUGGUAUGGAUUCUUUGGAAGGAGAAGGCGAGGAAGGCGAAGAGUACUAGGAUGACUCACACUCAACCACGCCUGGAAACCAAGGCAAAGCAUCAAGAGCAACGCGAGGAGCAAAAUUCAAGCCAUGGGCAAAAUCUUACAAGAACCCUCCCUUCUCGUGUCAUUCCACUUUUUUAAAUUGUUAGCUUAAAAUUUUGGAGAAAAGACCCUCUUCCACCAUGCAUUCAACAUUGAAGAAAAUAAAAACCGAGCAAUUCAAAUAA